CGCCACGCCCCCCUCCGUCAUCGCAGGAUGACCUCCCUGGUGCUGCGUGCGUCUCGGUCCACAUCAGGAGCAGCGCGCGGUGCUGUUUCCAGAGGAAAUGCCAUCUUCCUCACGUAGCGGAUCUGUGGCGUCUCCUCCUCGCGGCAGACCCCCGGGCGGCUCGCACCGCGCCGCCUCUGCGUUUCCGUGGACACCGAUUUGAAAGGUUGGCAUGAGUUGUGCCCUCAGCGGGAUGAAAUACCCUCGUUCGGUUUUUUUUUGCGUCCUUCCAAGCGCUCGGUAAUUACCCCCGGUAAUUAGACAUGGGAAUGUACUGUUUUUUAACAAUGGAAACAUCUGCAUCGAGACACAGGACAAAGAUGUUUCCCGGCCUGUGAAUGCAUUCAAACCUUGCCAUGGGGAAAAGUCUGGACUGAAACACGGGGAGAUUUGAUUACACCGUGGAAGAGAGAGAGGGAGAGCCCGCAGGUGGAAACAUGGUCAUCACUGAUAGAAACACUGGCACCCCUGUACCUAAAAAGGAGCCCCAGAAGAAGACGAGGAGGAAGUCCCGCCCUCACGGCCUGCCUUCUCCGGCGCUCUGCUGUGCGUGCGGCCUGUGCAUCAUGCUGGCUGGACUCAACAUCACCCUGGUGGGAGCGUUCGCCUUCAGCACUCUGGUGCCUUCCGCCAAUCCCCCGAUCAUCAUCGGCCCGAUCCUUCUGCUGGUGGCCUUCUCCUUCUUCGGGGCCUGCUGCGUGUGCAGCCGCCUGCCCCCUCCCAACAGCUCCCGGAGGUCCAAGUUGGGCGGCAGGGGCGCGGGGCUGAUGGGACACGGCGGGCUGGCCGGCGGGGCGGCGUUUGAAAUCGAGACCAGCGAGCACACGCUGCAGGACACCACGGCGGUGCAGCUCAGCCCCACGUCAUCCGCCGGUUCGUCGAGGGCGUCCAGCCCGGAGAAGGAGGCGCCUGACGCCGCCCUACCCGGACACUGCAAGCUCUUCACCAUGGAGACCAAUGGCCCCCUUUCGGUUUCCGCCACCGCAGUCUACUCGGCCUCCACAGGAGCAGGAGGGGAGGUGAGGCUCAACCUGCCACGUGAAGGAGCGGUCGCCUAGCAAAGCAGAGACUCUG